AUAGAGUAGUCCAUCUCCAUCUAGUUCGGAGAAAAUGGUAGAGGGGGUGAGGGGAGAUGAGGUGGUGGAGGUUGAGGAGAGAGAGGUGAUAGAGGUGGGGAGGAAUGAGGUGGUAGGGGUUAGGGUAGAUAGCAUACCCAUCACCGUAGUAGAAAUAGAGGGUAGAGGAGAGAGGAAUUAUGAUGUGAACGCAGAAAUAGUGGAGGAGGUGAAGCAGUACAGAUCUGAGCUAAGGACCAGGGAUAGCCUGGGUCACUUAGUAGAAAAUUACGAAAUCUCGUCUCGAGUGUUAGUUAGGCCAACUGGGGUGGAGGAGAGGGCGUGCUCUGCUCCUCAGGAUCACUGGAUGCCUGUGUAUUCCCACUAUUUGAUAGCGGGACUCAGGUUUCCGCUUCCUGAGUUGCUAGUGGGUUUAUUGUUAGAUUACAACAUAGGGUUGACACAGUUGGUCCCCAACGCAAUGAGGGGGGGUAGUAGGAGAGAUAAAGGGUGGUAUUAUUUCACCCCAAGGGUAGCUAGUAGGGAGAGUAGGUCAUUAUUUACAGCGGUUCCUUCAUCCAUUAAAGGAUGGAAGGAGAAAUUCUUUUUCGUAGAUGAUACGGAGUGGGGAAAAGAGGAUGCCGAGGUGAGGGAGUUAGCCGCCUGGAAGACCAAAAGGGCCAACCAGAAUAGCGCGCAAUGCAUAGAGGCUGCUGAGCUUUAUGGGCCAAGCGCUUUGAGUGAAGCUGAAAUGGACCAGUUCCUGAACAUUGCUGGAGGAGCGGCCAUCCCUAAGAAGCCAAGGAAGAAGUCAAAGACUUCAACCAAACAAGUGGAUGAGGGGAGGACCAGGAAAGAGGCAGUGCUUGCGGCUUCAGCUGAGAUGGAGGAGGAGAGGGUGGUGGAGGAGGAGACGGGGAAUGAGGUCCUUGCGUUCGUACCUCAACCUUCUUCUGUUGAGCUGGACCCUGAGCUCAGACAGUUGGAGGAGGGGGCCGAGGUACGAGCUCCUGCUGAAAUGGACCAGUUCCUGAACACUGCUGGAGGAGCGGCCAUCCCCAAGAAGCCAAGGAAGAAGUCAAAGACUUCAACCAAACAAGUGGAUGAGGGGAGGACCAGGAAAGAGGCAGUGCUUGCGGCUUCAGCUAAGACGGAGGAGGAGGUGCCACAGCUGAAGAGGAAGGGCUGGGAGGAGAGGAGGGCGCUGCAGAAGAACCUGUUCGAGGCGAAGAACAUAACGGGGGCCAGGUGGUUCAUCAACAACACCUUCCCCGAGGUGGACCAAAGCAACGCGCGGGAGGAAGCUCUGAGGUACGGUGGAGCGUCCGUUGUGAAGCAUGUUCUAGAGGUGAAUGGUCUAGCCCAAGAAUUCAGGGAGAGCCUAAAGGAUCGCGCACUCUUGCAGAGGCAACGGGACCAGCUGCAGAAGGAGAAGGAGGAGUUGGAGAAGAAAAAUAAGGAGCUGCAAGAGUCUCUAAACGAGGUGGUUCCAACCGUUUCACAAUUGGAGCAGGAGAGGGCUUCCCUGAGCACCAAGCUCACUUUUAAGGAGAGCAAACGAAGGAUCGCUGAAAGCGAGCGUGAGGCUCAGGCACAAGAAAUGAAGCUGAUGACGGAGGCAUUCAAGGAGCUGAAAGGGAACAUGCGGAAGUUAGUGCAUAAUGGGAUGAAGGAGCACAUCAGCAACUUCAUCAGUUCCAGCUCCUUUGAUAGCAUCGUCAACCUGUACCGGCUGCCCACUACCAUCAUCGCUUUCACAGACUGCAGAAAGAAGGUGAAGGCUGAAUAUCCCGAAGUGGAUGUGACGAAGAUCACCUUCGGCGAGCAAGAAGAAGGAUUCGACUUCGAGUUCGUUGUAAUGGAGGAAGAAGGGGCAGAGGUAGAGGAGGGCGAGAUGGAGGCAGGAGUGGAAGGAACUGAAGUGGGUGAGGUCCAACCAGUUCCAGAAGUGGAGAUUCAUCCAGUUCCUUCUGACGAUGAGAAGCCUCCUCUGUCGAUGAGAAGCCUCCUCUGUCGAUGAGAAGCCUCCUCUGUCGAUGAGAAGCCUCCUCUGUCGGAUGAGCAGCAGCCAACUCAGCCACCUCCUCCAGCUGAGUAGGAGCCAGUGGAGCCACCUCUCCCAUCAGGGAAAUAAUUUUGUUUUUGAUUUUUUGUAAAGACUAUUAAAGAGUUUGUAAUAUUUAUAUUAUUCUGAAUGAAAAUUCAUUUUUGAA